AUGAAGAAGAAGGAUCGAGGAGUUGUCAUUAUUCCUUGCACCAUCGAUGAUAGGUCAUUAAAAAAAGCUCUUAUUGAUUUAGGACCUAGUGUGAGUCUCAUGCCGUUAUCCAUUUACAAGAAACUGGGUAUAGGGGUUAUGCAAGAUGCUAGGAUGACACUUCAAUUUGUCGAUCAUUCAGUUAAGAAACCUUAUGGGAUAGUUGAAGGUGUUCUAGUGAAGAUUGACAAGUUUGUAUUCCCGGUGGAUUUCGUGAUUCUAGAAAUGCCUGAGGAUGAAGAGAUUCCUCUCAUUGUUGGGAGACCCUUUUUAGAUACUAGCAGAUGUUUGAUCAACAUAGAGGAAGGUACUAUGACUUUGAAGGUUUAUGAUGAGGAAUUAAAUAUUGAUGUUCGAAACACCAUGAAAUACAAACAUGAUGUUGGCACUAGUCAUACCAUAGAGGUUCUAGUUCAAGUGAUUGCUUAA